UGCCAUGAGGAGCUGAAGAAGAACAGUACUGAUCCCCCACCAUGUUCACUUGCAAGCCAGCUCUGGAUAGGAUGCAUACCAUGGCAGCUCCAAGUGUUGACAUUUCCUGAACAACUCCUAAUCACUCUCCUAUACCCUCAUGUAUAUGUUUUCAAACUCUUCCCAAAGUGGCAUGGAGGAGUGUUGAAUACAUCAACAUGUCAGUGUGCAAUCACAUACAGUCUUGACAUGGCUGGCAUAGCAGCUAUGGUUGAAGGGAAGUUGAUGCCACAUCCACCUGUAAUCCUAGCAUCACUCAUAUCCAUGACAUUCAUUGGGAUGGGAGAUUUACCAAAGAACUGGAUACACUCAAUGUUCUGGGUGCAGCAGCAUGUAGUCUUUGAAGCAUUACAUUGGCUGAAAGAGCACAAUGUGAAACACUAUGGUGAUAUUGAGAUCAAUGCACCAUGGAUUGAAAGCCUACCAGAAGAUGACAUACCUGAAGAAAUUAUGUCCAUCAUAUGA